AUGGCGCCCUCGACCAUCUCCCGCACCCGGACAGGCUGCUGGGCUUGUAGGUCCCGGAGGGUAAAAUGUGAUGAGACCCACCCCGUCUGCCGUCGCUGCGCGCGAAACAGCCGGUGCUGCGAAUACAGCUUGCAGUUGACUUGGCUUGAUGAAUCGAUCGCCAAGGGCGUGUGUCAUGGGAGGGCCGGAGUAUGGUCGAAGAAUGGCCGGAAGAGAAAGGAUGUCUCAGAUGAGCAGGGUCUGGAGAUGGUGCGACAUACUGUGCCUAAUGCGUCGCACCAGCAGUGGAUGUUUCUAAACACGUCCGCUGACGACGUGAACCGGCUCUGUAUGGAGUACCAAACGGUAUAUGGCGGGAUCUUACCCAGUCAUCAACGACGGCUGCUACUAUCACCCGCAUUGAAUACAAUGCCAGCCACGGCCUCGAAUCGAUCCAGCGAGGACCAAAUGCUACUGGCAUUCUUUGAGGCAGUCAUUUGCAGCAGCUCAACCCUGGUCGACAAUGUGCAAUCGAAUCCAUAUCGGUACUUGAUCCUGCCCAUGGCCCUCAACUCUGACGGCAUCUAUCAUGCGGCGUUGGCGAUUUCCGCAAAUACCCUGCGUCUUUCCAAAGUACGGUAUCGUGUCCCUGCUUUGGAGCACCAUCAUCGUGCGCUACUCUACCUCCAAUCUCUUCUAGAUCGAGACAGCUGGUCGGAUCGGGAGAUGGGUGAGAUCUUGGGGCUUGUUUUGAUGCUCUGUUGGUUUGAGAUCUCAGAUCAUAGUCGUUCAUCGUGGGUGACACACCUUAACGGGUUCCAGGAUGUUAUGUCUGCUCGAAAGCAACGACAUUGGAAAUCAUCAUCGCAGCACAGUCAGGAGCUUCUUGGUUUCUUCGACCGCUACUUUGCUUUCCACCUCGUUCUUGCCCGAACGGCCUUUCGAUGGGAUGGGCCACGAACACACCCAUGUCUUUCUGCCUUGUCUUCAAGUCCAUCCUCAGAAAUUAUUGAUCCUUAUAUGGGGUUUAGCCACGCGCUACUUCUCUUAAUAAAUGAGGUGACUGAUUUGGCAUGGCAAGAACAUGAGCUGGACAUUCAGAAGGUUUAUGGGCUGAAACACUCGUUGGAGGUGCUCCGUCAGACGCCACCUCAUGGGGAUAUUAACUUACACUCAGGACAAGAAUGCAUGGUCAUUGCUGAAGCAAACCGCUUGGGUGCAAUACUGCUCCUGUACGAGAUAUGCUCGUCUUCUGAAUCAAUUUCUUCAUGUUUAUCAUUUAGCUCGGAGGAGAAAUUCCGCUAUGUUCGUCAGAUUCUCAAUCUUAUUCAGGCGCACAAGUCCAAUAUGAUGCGCACUGCCGUCCUCCCUCUAUGGCCUCUCUUCCUAGCAGGUUGCUGUGUCUCGGACGACAACGACAGAGUCAUUGUUCUGCAAAUCUUCCAAGAGUGGGAGGCCAUUCGUCGGUUUGGCAAUAUCGCACCGGCAAGAGAAGUGAUAGAGAUGGUCUGGCGACGCCGUGACCUUAACCAAAAUGAAUUUGCCAACGGCGCCAUGUCAGGGAAGACAGCGCGCUUUGAAUGGGAACAUGCGAUGACGAUGCUUGGAGGGUUGAAGCUAGCGCUAACAUAGAUUCAUUCAUUCUAGCAUGCAAU